GCCCGCCCCAGCCGCCGCCGCCGCCGCCGCCGCCACCCCCGUUGCAGCUUAUGGUCUCUCCCUAGAGCUUUGCCGUUUGGGGCAGCUGCUGAGGUCGUGUGGUUCCGCCCGCCCCGCGCGGCAGCGACAUGGAGGAAUUCGACUCUGAAGACUUCUCCACCUCGGAGGAGGACGAAGACUACGUGCCGUCGGGUGGAGAGUAUAGUGAAGAUGAUGUAAAUGAAUUAGUGAAGGAAGAUGAAGUGGAUGGUGAAGAGCAGACACAGAAAGCCAAAGGGAAAAAAAGAAAGGCUCAGAGCAUUCCGGCCAGGAAGAGAAAACAAGGUGGCUUCUCAUUAGAAGAAGAGGAAGAGGAGGAUGCCAAUGAAGAAUCAGAGGGCAAUAGCAGUGAGGAGGAAGAUGGAGCUGCAGAGCAGGAAAAAGGCAUUGGGUCAGAGGAUGCAAGGAAGAAGAAGGAGGAUGAACUGUGGGCCAGCUUCCUCAAUGAUGUUGGACCAAAACCAAAAGUGUCCCCAAAUACACAGGUUAAUAGAGGAGAGAAGCCUGAAGAGACGAGUUCGAGUAAAUUGUUGGUCAGAGCAGAAGAGCUUGAGAAACCGAAAGAAACUGAAAAAGUUAAAAUCACCAAGGUGUUUGAUUUUGCUGGUGAAGAAGUCAGGGUGACUAAGGAAGUGGAUGCUACAUCUAAAGAAGCCAAAUCUUUCUUCAAGCAAAAUGAGAAAGAAAAGCCACAGGCUACUGUCCCUGCACCUCUGCCAUCACUCCCUGCUGGGUCUGGGUUAAAAAGAUCAAGUGGCAUGAGCAGCCUUUUGGGGAAAAUUGGAGCCAAGAAGCAGAAGAUGAGCACCCUAGAGAAAUCCAAAUUGGACUGGGAGAGCUUCAAGGAGGAGGAGGGCAUUAGUGAAGAACUAGCCAUCCACAAUCGAGGGAAGGAAGGGUACAUUGAAAGGAAGGCUUUUCUAGACCGAGUGGACCACAGGCAGUUUGAAAUCGAGCGAGACCUCAGGCUGAGCAAAAUGAAACCCUGAUGUUAUGGGGAGGAAAUCAACAGCAGCUUAAUCCUGUUUACAAUGUGAGCUUCUGGUGCAUCUGUGAAAUGUCUCCAGUGUUUCUCAUCAGCUGUUCCCACCAAGGUCUCUUUUUCUACGUUGGAUUUCUGUCUUUGUAUCUUGAUCUCACGUGUUUCAUUCAUUUUACUUUUAAAAGUUUGUCCUUAAAAAAAAUAAAAAUAAAAGUUGGUCCUGCGAGAUGAGAGGCUGGUGAAGAUGAGGACACCACUGGCCUUCCCUUUAUUCUCCAAAGGCCACCAGCCAGGCCUGCCUGGGCUGGCCCUGGGGAGGAGAGCUGAGCAGCCGGAGGGUGCGUUUCUGGGCCCUUUCUGAAGUCGGCCUUGCCCCAGAGACCCAGGGAGGACUGCUCACUAAUGUGGGUAGAAUGCCAAGUCCUUGGCAGUUUUGUUCUUGUUCCGCUGCUGCUUCUCUCCUAAUCUCUUCCUCUCUCCUAAAUGGGAUUCUUAUUCACUGGUGUAAGGUCAGGCUGAAAAUAAACAUGCAUUAUUGCUGAAUUAGGGAUGUUUUUCCCCCUUUGGCCUUUUUCCUCUUCCCAGACAGAGUUCAAGUCAGUUUAAGAUGUGCUCCCACCUCAGUAAUUCUUUUUGUUUGUCAAAGACUCUGAAAGACUCUCUUUUUUAUACUCAGUAGGAAAAUUUAAAUUCCAAACUUCAUAGUAAUAAAGCAGUAAAACCCCA